AGUUCACCUUUCGAACGCUCAUCAGACGAACCAUGAAGGCAGCAGUAGUCCUGUGUGUGGUGGCGGCGGCGUGGGCGGCUCCCCAGGGCGGCUACAACUACCAGGCGCCCGUGGUUCAGCAGCCCGAGUACCCGUCGGUGCCCGCCCAGUACAACUUCCAGUGGGACGUCAACGACCAGAACUCCGGCAACUUCUACGGCCAACAGGAACAGCGCGACGGCGACAACACUCAGGGCAGCUACUACGUCCAGCUGCCUGACUCUCGCCGCAUGAGGGUCGACUACUACUCCGACGCCAGCGGCUUCCACCCCACAGUCACCUUCGAGGGCGAGGCACAGUACCCAAGUGCCCCUGCCCAGGUGUACUCUCAACCCGCCCGUGCCCCUGCUCAGGUGUACUCCCAGCCCGCCCCUGCCCCUGCUCCUACCCAGGUGUACGUUCAGCCCGCCCCAGCCCCCGCCCCUGCCCCUACCCAACAGUAUGCCCAACCCGUCAUCACUCCCUCUCAGUUCUACUCCCAGCCCGGGAAAUGAGCCUUUCCUGUGAACCUUUAGCACUGGGAAUUGCCCUUUUCUUGCCCAUCGUUCCAAUGCGAAUGCUUCUCCAUGAUUCGUAAUCUGGAAACACGCUUAUAUUUGUUUUACGUUAUGUGAUUUAGUGUUGUCUUGAAGUAGAUAUAUUUUUAUAGAAGAUUGAAUAUAUUUUAAUAAAAUGAUACAAUAUUUA